UGAUGCUCAUGGCUGAGUAGUUCCCUUUUUCUCAAAAGUAUGAGUCUCAUCUUCACUGCUUCUCCUUGAAGCUGUAAAAUAAUGUCUACAAUUCGAUUGAGAAACCAAUAUUUAGGUACAUGUUUUAGGUUGUGCCGCAAAUAUGCUAAAUUUAUGUCCUCUUCAUCAACUUUAUCGUCAACUUUAUCGUCAGAAACAAUCUCAAAGAGUUUUUCGGCUCGGAAACUCCGUAGUAUUAGUCGAGAAUUUGCUCAUCUCUUACAAUUACCAAUAUCUUCAGAGAACCCCAUCUUAUACUAUAAAAAAAUUCAUGGGCAACUUAUUGUUUUAGGUCUUCGAUAUGAUGUGUUUGUGGGAAACAUUCUCAUGCAUAUUUACUCUAAACUUGGUAGCAUUAACUGUGCCCAGUAUGUGUUUGAUGAAAUGCCUAAGAGAAACCUUACAUCUUGGUCUACUAUGAUUAAUAUCUAUGCGAAGCAUGGUAAUGCUGAGAAUGCUUUAAAAGCCUUCGGUAGUUUUAAGAAAUCUUGUGACCAGACUCCAAAUGAGUAUGUUUUAACAAAUGUCGUACGUGCUUGUGUACAGGUGAAUGAUUUUAGUAAAGGAAUCCAAGUGCAUAGUUUUCUUAUAAAGAGUGGUUUUAGUAAUAACGUGUAUGUGGGUACUUCAUUGACAGAUUUUUAUGCCAAAAUUGGUGACAUAAAUGAUGCUCGAAUGGUUUUUGACGAGCUCAAAGAAAAAAGUUUGUUUACUUGGACUAUAAUGAUGGUAGGAUAUGUUAGGCGUGGGGAAAGUGAUGUUACAUUGCUGUUGUUCCAUCAGUUGAUGAGGGAUCGUGAUGUUGUUCCUGAUGAAUAUAUUAUAUCUAGUGUUCUAAAUGCCUGCUCAAUGCUCAAGUAUCUUGAAGGGGGAAAACAAAUUCAUGCUUUUGUACUAAGAAGCCGAAUAGAAAUGAAUCUAUCUGUAAUGAAUGCACUGGUAGAUUUGUAUGUAAAAUGUUGUAGAGUGAAAAACGGAAGAAAUUUGUUUAAUCAGAUUAAUUCGAAAGAUGAUAUUUCAUGGACCACGAUGAUUGCUGGAUAUAUGCAGAAUUCAUUUCAUGUUGAUGCACUACAAUUGUUCCAAGAUAUGAAUAGAUUUGGUCUAAGGCCGGAUGAUUUUGUGUGCUCGAGCACUCUGAAUUCAUGUGGUUCACUUGAAGCACUGUUGCCAGGAAAACAGGUUCACACUUACAUCAUCAAAGCAAAUUUCGAGUCUGAUGAUUAUGUGAGAAAUGGAUUGAUUGAUAUGUAUUCCAAAUGUAAAUCCCUUGCUGAUGCAAGAAGGGUUUUUGAUUCAAUGAUUCAGAAAAAUGUAAUAUCUUAUAAUGCUAUGAUUGAUGGAUACUCGAGAUCUGGAGACAUAUCUGAGGCGUUACACUUGUUUCGUGACAUGAGGAUCAAGCAACUAUAUCCUAACCUCCUGACAUUUGUAAGCUUUCUUGGGGCAUCAGCUUCAAUUUCUUUCUUGGAAUUGAGCAAACAAAUUCAUGGGUUUUUGACCAAGAUUGGUAUGUCAAGCAACUCGUUUGUUGGCAGUGCCUUGAUAGAUGUGUAUUGCAAAUGCAAAUGUAUCAGGGAUGCAAGGUUGGUUUUCAAUGAGAUCAAUGAGAAAGAUGUAGUGGUUUGGAAUGCUAUGCUCUUUGGUUACACUCAGCAUCUGAAAAAUGAAGAGGCUAUUGAACUUUACAGUCAGCUGCAAGUGGCAGAACAAAAAGCGAAUGAGCAUACAUUUGUUGCUGUGCUUGAUGCAGCAAGUAAUCUUGCAAGUCUUAGCCUUGGUCAACAGUUUCAUACUCACCUAAUGAAAAUUGGCUUAGACAUUGAUGCUUUUAUUACAAAUGCCCUUUUGGAUAUGUAUGCAAAGUGUGGAGUAUUACAAGAUGCUUACAAGCUGUUUAAUGCCACAAAAUUGAGAGAUGUUGCCUGUUGGAAUUCAAUGAUAUUGACGUUUGCAAACCAUGGAGUAGCUGAAAAAGCUCUUUCUUUAUAUGAGAAGAUGCUUCGACAUGGGUUGCAACCUAACUAUGUGACUUUUAUCGGGCUGCUGUCAGCGUGCAGCCAUGCGGGACUGGUAGAAGCUGGACUCAAACACUUUUACACGAUGGCCAGCUAUGGAAUUGAGCCAGGCAUGGAGCAUUAUGCGUGCAUGGUUUCUCUCUUUGGACGAGCUGGUAAAACAAAAAAUGCAAAAGAGUUUAUUGAAAAAAUGCCAAUUAGACCAACUGCUAUAGUAUGGAGAAGUUUACUCAGUGCCUGUCGAGCAGUCGGAGAUGAUGAAAUGGGAGCUUAUGCAGCAGAGAUGGCUAUAUCCUCUGACCCAGAAGAUAGUGGAUCGUACAUUUUACUUUCAAAUAUAUAUGCUUCAAAAGGUUUGUGGACUGAGGUGAAGAAGAUUCGGGAAAGAAUGGAAUCAAAUCUAGUGAUUAAAGAAAGGGGUUGUAGUUGGAUUGAAAUAAAUGAUAAAGUGAGUUCCUUUGUGUCAAGAGACAUAUAUCAGUGUAAAGCUAAUGUGAUCUUCUCUGUUUUGAAUAGCUUAGUUAAACAGAUGAAAGGGCCUAAUCUUUUAUCUGACACUGCUCCCAUUCUCAUAGAUGAUUGUUGAAGAAAUUGAUGAAUUUUCUAUUGGCAGAAUAAUGGGUUAACAUAUUGUUUGAGGCCUUUUCCUUUCACUGUUCUAUAGUUUCAAUUCUCAUGAUUAUCUUGAGAUAGAUAUAAUUAGUAGAAAUUAAAGGAUAACUGUAGCUUCCCUUUGAGCUUCACCAAUAUCAGACAUUAUCUUUCUUAGCCAUAUUACUUGAUUUAUAGCUUCAUAAGUUCCAAUGUAUUUUGCGUCUGAUGUAGAUUGUGCUAUUGUAUAUUGGUUCUAUGCUAACUAGGAAUUAAAAUAAUCAAUUUCCUUUUGUAAAAUUAUAACAAGAGGUGCUCUAUAUGUUAUCAAGAGACUCUGUCCAAUCAAAGUAUGUCAAAUCAACUUCAUUAGGACAAGUAGGUAUGGUUUGAAACUGAAUACCAAAGCCUAAUGUUCCCUUCAAAUGUCAUUGGAGUCUUUUUCUUGCUACUUUGUGAAGUUGGUUACGACUUUGUAUAUAUCCAGAAAAGUAACAUGCUGCAAAAAUAAUAUAUGACCAU